AUGCUAAUUUAUGACUGCAAAACAAGGUGGAAUUCUACUUAUGAGAUGCUGACUUGUGCACUGAAAUUUCAAGAUGUUUUUCCAAGAUACAGAGAUAGAGAGCCAAAUUAUGAUUUUUGUCCAACCACAGAAGAUUGGGAAAAGGUUUCAAAAGUGUGCGAUAUUUUAAAAGCUUUUUGGACAGCAACUCAUGUGAUAUCUGGUAGUGAUUAUCCGACAGCAAAUUUAUAUCUAAAUGAAGUUUGUCGGAUAAAAGUGCUACUAGAUAGUAAGGUUGAUGAUGAAGAUGAUUUUGUCCGGUCAAUGGUGCAAAAGAUGAAGCUGAAAUUUGAUAAGUACUGGGGAGAAUGUAACUUAUUAAUGUCUAUAGCAGCUAUUUUGGAUCCCAGAUGCAAGAUGAGGGUCAUAAACUAUUGCUUUCCAUUACUUUAUCUUCCACAUGAAGUGCAAAGCAAUAUAGGCAAGGUUCGACAAGCCUUGUAUGACCUAUAUGAUGAAUAUGUGGAGAUACAUGUUUCAGGCCAAAGUGGAUCAUCUUCUCAACUACUAAUCGGCAGUGAUCACCCAACCAAGAGCAGUAGUAGUGCAUCUUCAUCAGUGUCCCAUGUUUCGGGUAUGAGUGAAUUUCUGACCCAUAUUGCUACCGUUGAGAGUGUUCAACCCGUCAAGAAUGAGUUAGAUACCUACUUUGAAGAUGGUCUCCUCACAGCUGCAGAUGAUUCAACGAUAGACAUCGUGAAUUUGGAUGCCUUGAAGUGGUGGAAAGACACGACAAAAUACAAGAUUCUUCCCAAGAUGGCUGCUGAUAUUUUAGCCAUUCCAAUAAGCACUGUAGCUUCAGAAGCUACAUUUAGUGCUGGAACCAGAGUAAUCGACUCUUACCGUGCUUCCUUGGCUCCAGAAACUGUAGAAAUGUUAAUGUGUGCUGGAGAUUGGUGUCCUUGUGCAAUUGCAUGGGAAAUUGGUGCCCUUUCGAUUACAUGGAAGAAACUUUGCUAUUCUAUUGAUCUGUUUUACCAUUCUUGCGCAAUGCAGCAGGCUAACAAUGACUACGAUCAUGUAGAUGAACAAACAUCUUAUGAUGUAGGCACCCUUGUGCUCCUGUUAACUUAUGGUUUCUUUAAGGAUUCGAAGAUUUGA